UGGUGCUUUUCUGGGUAGGAUUUGCUGGAUACACAGCCAAGUAGGCAUCACAGCGCGGGACAAAAUUGCUGGUGGACGGAGCAUUUCUUCGGUGCGGUAGAUUCUUCUGGCAAUUUUGCUCGCACUCGGAUCCGCUGCGCGAGCAGAGCUCUCUCCUCGCUGUCCCGCGGCGCCCAAAUCCUUCUUCUCCCCCCUCCGCUGUGGCCUGCGUGCUAAUCCUCCCCUUUCUCCCGCAUCCACUGCGCGCGAAAUCCUUCCCCAAUCCAGCUGCUCCCACCCUCGACUCUUCCGAUUUAUUUCUGGAGCCCGCGAAACCAAGGUCUGUUCCUCUUCUCAUCCUUCCUCUUCCCAUCUCUCUUCCUCCGCUUUAUUCAUAUCCGUAUGAUUCAUAGCCAGGGACGUGAUUCAAAAAUCUGAAAUCCAUAAUUUUCAAAAAAAAGAUCUGAAAUCCAUUUGCCUCUUGUGCUAAUGAGCCGCUGGACAAAGCGAGAGAUGGCUCCGCCACCAAAUCAGACUGGAUCUGCUCCUUCAUAUCAUAUUGGAUCUGCUCCUGCUUCUGCAAAUCAAGCGCCUACUCCGGUUCCGGCAGCUACAGCAUGGUGGCCUGGACCUUUGCCACAAGCCACAUCUUCAGGAGCCACAUCCACAAUUUGGCAACAUGGCCACCUAUGGGAAAGGAAUCUCAAUUAGCACCACCAAAAAAAGACACAGGAAACCAAAAUGCUAAAAAGGGAUUGAAAGGCAAAACUAUCAUCAACUUAGAUGAUGGAAACGAUGGGAGGACUGCAAAGCGUCUUGUAUUUGAUCCAGAGGAGGACAUGGACAUGAGGCUAGUUAGUGCAUGGCUGAUUCACUCGAAUAACCCAAUCAAUGGGAAUUGCAAGAAAAAUGAGAGCUAUUGGGGUGAUGUACAUGAGCUGUGCAAUAGUACUACACCUACAAACCGAAAAAGAGAGGUGAAACAUCUCAAAGUUCGCUGGCAAAAAAUUAAGAGAUGGGUGGGAUUUUUUUGUGCAUGUUGGAAGAAGGCUACCUCAAUUUAUCUUAGCGGAUAUUCAGAUGACCAGCUAAAAGACAUGGCUAAGCAGUUUUAUUUUGAUGACUAUCCUAAAGAAGGCCCAUUCACAGUUGAGCACUGCUGGAAGAUUCUUCGUGAUGAACCCAAGUGGCAUACAGUUUUGGAAGAACUUGAAAAACCAAAUAAAAGGAGUUUGGAUGAAGACAAGGCAACUGACAUCUCAGUUGUAGGAGAAAAGGAACGUCCUAUAGGGACAAAACAAGCUAAGAAACAACGCAAUGGUAAAGGAGGGAGUCUGCUUUACUGGAAUCCUAUCAAAAACUCUUGUGUAUGGACACUAGGGAGAUGACAGAGGAUAUUAGAGCUGAGCAUGUCCUUGCCCUGAAGAUGCACUAUGUAGUAACGUAUGAACAUUUUAUUUUAUUUUUAUGUUUAAAAUGUUUGGUUGUACCGGUUGUUUAUCUUUAGUUGGUCAUGUAAUAAAAUGGCUUGGGUCAAGAUGUAUGCAACCAGUUGGUUAUCUUUAGUUGGCUAUGAAGCCUCCAUACAAUGAGCCACAAAGAUGAUGCACAAUGUAUCUAUUUUCUCUUUAUGUGUA